AUGAAGAAGUGCUUGGGGUCCUCGGGCCUUUUGGCGCUGGCCCUGUUGGGUCGGCCCAUCAUGGCGUACUAUCUACCCGGUGUGAACAUCCACUCAUUCCAAGAAGGAGACGAAAUCAAGCUGAAAGUGAACAAGAUGACUUCGACACAGACUCAAUUUCCUUUGGACUACUACAAAUUUCCUUUUUGUCAGCCCAAGGAUGGAGUCAAGAUGGAUAAUGAAAACCUGGGCGAGUUUCUGGAGGGAGAUCGCAUCGAGUCCUCUCCCUACCUCCUCAAAAUGAAACAAGACAUGUUUUGUGAGCAAGUCUGUGUGGCAAAUCUUGGCCGGGGGGAACAGCCACACUUGAACUCCAACAAGAUGGUCAAGGUCAUUCGCAAGAAUUAUCACAACAACUGGAUCGUCGACAACUUGUCUGCUGCCUCAAAGAUUGAAAAUGACGAAGUUGUCACCACCCGGUAUUGGCAAGGGUUCCCAGUGGGUUUUGUUGCGGAUGAUAACAAAAAAGCCUACAUUCACAAUCACGUCAACAUUGAGCUAUUCUACCACAAAGCCACUGAUUUGCCGGUAGGGGAGAAUUCCAUUCCAGAAUACCGGAUUGUCAAAUUUAUGGUCGAGCCCUUUUCCAUUAAACACGACUAUGAUGCGACGGAAACCGAGGACGACUCGGAAUCGCUUGCCACUGGACCGGACCAUCUUCUUCCACUGGUCGCAAAAAUCGCCAACCCAAUUGCUUCCUGCGAUUCAUCCAUUCCGUACAGUGAGCGACUUCAUACCACCUACAACAUGGUGGUGGAAACUGGACGAGAACCUCAACCUGCUUCUGGAAAGGCCCUGUUUACGUAUGAUGUUACUUGGACGGAAGACCCCACAACAACCUGGGCUUCUCGUUGGGAUGUCUACUUGAAUAUGAACGGUGCCAUCCCAGCCAAAGUCCAUUGGGUUUCUAUUUUCAACUCGAUGGUUAUUGUCUUUGUCUUGAGUGCCAUGAUUGCUGCUAUUUUGGUUCGUAAUCUGCGCCGUGAUUUUGCCCGAUACAACAAAUUGGCUACCGAUGAAGAAAAGGCAGAAGACCUGGAAGAAUUCGGGUGGAAGCUGGUCCAUGCGGAUGUCUUUCGUCCGCCUUCAACCUACCCCAUGCUUUUGUCAGUGGGAUGUGGUACUGGUGCUCAAAUAUUGCUCAUGGUCUUUUUCACUGUCAUUUUUGCCGCUCUGGGAUUGCUGAACCCAGCUCGACGAGGCACGUUGCUCAUGGCAGAAAUGAUCAUUUUUGUCUUGAUGGGAGGAGUCAAUGGAUUUGUCACAGCCUGUCUUUACAAGACUUUCAAAGGAAAGGCCUGGCAACAAGCUACUACCAUGACAGCUGUUUUCUUUCCAGGUGUUCUAUUUGCCUCUUUCAUUUUCUUGAACAUUUUGGCAUGGUCCCAGGACAGCACUGACCGAGUUCCCUUUACUACACUCUUGGUGCUCAUUGUUCUUUGGUUUGGAAUCAGUACACCUUUGGUCUUUGUGGGAGCCUACUUUGGAUACAAGCGGGAUGCCAUUGAGUUCCCUGUCAACACUUCAUCCAUUCCCCGUCAGAUCCCAGAUCAGCCAUGGUUCAUGGGACUCCCCUUUACUUUGUUUGUUGGAGGCAUUCUACCCUUUGGAUCCUGCUUUGUUGAGCUGUACUACAUUCUUGCUUCAGUGUGGCAAGAAUACUACUACUAUGUCUUUGGAUUCCUUCUCAUGGUCUUUUUCAUCUUGCUGGUGACUUGUGCUGAAAUUACUGUCCUUUUCACCUAUUUCCAGCUUUGUUCUGAGAAUUAUCACUGGUGGUGGAGAGCCUUUGGCAAUGCUGGAUCGACUGCCAUUUGGGUCUUUUUGUACUCAAUGGUUUAUUUCCAACAACUCCAAGCAAACACCAUGGCCACUUAUUUCUUGUACUUUGGAUACACUGGUUUGGUCUGCUUGGGAAUGUUCUGCAUGAUGGGCUUUGUUGGUGUUGCUUGUUCCCUCUGGUUCAACAAGGUCAUCUUUGCUUCCAUCAAGAUUGAUUAG